UAAUCAUUUAAAUAAUGUUAUUUUGUCUUUGUCAGAGUCAGCUAACUUUUCUUUUGUUAAUGGGGGAAAUUAAACUGCAGAUGAUGAUCAAACAUCAGAUCCAGAGUCAGAUGAUGACAGUGAUAAUGAAAUGGAAAGCGACAAUCUUGGAAUUCCUUCAAACGAGUCAAAUUAUGAACAUAUUUUAAAUGAAAUUAACUUAUCUGUGAUGCAAUUAAGGCCUCAGUCACCAACUAAUACAUCUUCAUGUUUUUCUGAUGAUAAUUUAGAUUCUGAUGAUACAACAUUUAAUCUACUGGCUAGCGUUCAACCUCCUAAGCGAUCACCACAUUGUUCAACAUGCCAACACACUAAAACUGGUCAUGGUAUCAGAUCUUCAACAACACCCUAUGCUAAAUGUACUAUGUGCCCAAAUAAUAUAUGCUCACCAGCAGGACGCCAUAAACCAUGCACAUGCCUUUGGCACAUAUAUGAGCAAAACUCUAUUCACCCUGAAUUAUUUCCUUACUCUAUAGUUAGAUCAACUACUAUUAAUCAUGUUAACGAGUAUCUUUUGUCUUUUUGUCAAUCUAAUAUAGGUAAUCAGUUAUUGGGCAGUAAUGCUUGUACUAUAAUUGCUGUGUUGGUUUCUAUUAAUUUCCUUUCUGGAACUGCAUGGUUCUCUCAGCACACUAUUGUCUCAACUCUGGAUUCUACUUUCCUUGGCUAUUGUCACCAGCUCUUUAUUGAAGGAAACCAACUGUACGAAUCCCUUGAAGAAGAACAAGUGAACUAUUGUGCACCUGAAAUUAUUCAACAUCCACAACUUGGAUUUAAGGAUAUCGCUGAACGAGGAGAUGAGUAUCAUUUUGAUAAUUUUGCUGAUUUCUUGUUGCAGCUACAACUAUUAUCAUCAUCAAAAGUUAAAAUAGCUCUAGUACUUAUAUUUAAUCCAGAUAAAGCAAUGACAUUAUUAAUUAAUGAACUAGGACAGAGUAUGUUAGUAGAAAGACACUCACAUUUAGAUACCGGUGCUAUUAUAGCUACGACCAACUUCAUAACAUGAUUAAUUACCUUCAAGAAAUUAUUUUUCGAGGUUGG